UUACUUCCUGGAUAGUUUUGUAAAGUUAUGUUCUAUAAAUAAAGUAUGAUGCGUUAACUAUUUCAUAAAAAUAUGGAUAUAUUUAAAAUUACGUUAAAGGCUAAUCUUUUGUUUGGGCUCAUAACAAUAGCCUUCGCCGGUACUGUACAGCAAAUUUAUAUAAAAGGAAAGAAGGUCCCCGUAAAAGGAGGUGGUAUACAGCUUGUUUGUGAGGUCUCACAGUUUAGCUCCAAUGAUGUUGCCAGGGUCUAUAAGACAGAUUCCAUUCCUCUUGAAGACAUUACCACUGCUCCAUCAUUAACAAGCUGUACAUCGUCGCAGUGUUUAGGAACUGUACCAAGACAUACAAUCAGUACUAGCAGCAGUGGUAUCACUAUAAUAGUCACUAAUCUCAGUAGAUCAGAAGACCAGAAAUACUGGACAUGUAUCCUCAACACUCAGAGAAAAUACUUACACCUUACCAUAUAUACCAUCACACCAUCACUCUAUUAUGAUAAUCCACCAAGCCAGGACCAAGACCUCGUUCAAAAUUCGAUAGGUGGAUCUCGUCAAAAAUGGUCAACAACACCACCUGUAACAGAAAAAAAUGGUGGUUGUACUGAUUCUGAGAAAAUAUAUACAUCUGCAUUAACUCUGUCAAGAUACACAGUGUUUCCUGACAAUACAGAUAUCACUGUGAAGUUACAGUGUGGCGCUAUAUCAAUUACUGGGAAUCAAAGUUAUACACAAACAUCUGUAAAUGUCAGAUUUGCAGUACAAGUUUCAGCAGUGACAUUAAAAGAUGUAGAUUCAAUUCCAUCAAUUCAAUUAGAAGUAAACAGUGGGGAAUCUCAUACAUUGACAUGUACAUCUAGUGUCAGCAGACCAACAGCAACUAUCAUCUGGUAUUUUGGAGGUCAGAAAAACAAAACAGAAACUACUAGGACAUCUACCUUUACAUUCACGCCAGAAAAUUCAGAUAAUCAGAAACAAGUUUACUGUAAAGCAUUCAACAUACAGUCUGAAAGCCAAGCUGUGUCUUCAGACAUUGUGUCACUUUAUGUAAAAGUAAAGGUAGCUAUUGUAACACUAAAGGAUGGCAACACCGAACCAUCAGGAACACUAGAAGUAACAAAUGCUGUAUCUAAAACAUUGACAUGUACAGCAAGUGAAAGCAGACCAACAGCCACAAUUAUCUGGUAUAUAGGAGAUGAUGAUGAGAAGAAAAGGGAAACUGUUACACUGUCUUCAUUCACAUUUACACCAGUUAUCUCCGACCAUAACAAACAAGUUUAUUGUAAAGCUUCACAGUCAGGAAAUCCAGAUGUUGUUUCAAACAGAAUAACACUUUAUGUUAAAGUAUUGGCUUUGAUUCCUACAAUAACAGAUCUUAAAAAAGAAAAAUUAGAAGGAGAUCAAAUAAAAUAUCAAUGCACUUCCUCUCAAACACGACCUGUUGCUAUAGUAACAUGGAAGCUGGGUACUCAAACAUUGACUGAUGUACAGAAUACAGAACAUAGUCAUGGAAAUGAUCUUAAAUCUGUUACAAGUAUUGUAACAUUUACAACAAAAAGAACUGAUAACAACAAAACAAUAAACUGUGAAACUGCAAUACCUGGUCAAAAUGUAGUGAAGGUUCAAGAAAAGAUAACUGUGUAUUGGCCACCAGUGUCACCUGUUAUAUCAACAAUCAGUUUUCCAUUUCUCGAAGGUCAGACAGGAAAGAGUAUUUAUUGUUCCUCAUCUGAUUAUGGUAAUCCUACAGCAACAGCAACAUGGACCGCACAAUAUGGAUCACCUGAUAGUGCUGAUACAAGGAAACUAAGGUUUCCUAAACUAACAUACCAAGGUGAUAGAAGUCCAGUAAAAUGUCAGUUGAAGAAUUUAUUUACGCAGAAGAAAUGUCUUCAGAUCCAGUCCAUACAAGUUCUAUUACAAGUUGAAUAUUUUCCAAAAGUACAAAUUAUGGCGAAUGGGAAACAAGUAACUACCAUAACGACAAAUGAAGGUGAAACGCUGUCUGUUACAUGUAAUGCCACUGGAAAUCCAACACCAACAGUAAGCUGGGUGGGACAACAGUCCAGUGGCCCUACUUUGUCAUUUGAUGAUAUAGAUAGAACAGACCAUGGUAACUACACAUGUAGGGCUACAGCAACAUCAUCUCAUUAUCCCAGUCAUAACUUUGGUACAGAAGAAACAUUGGCUGUCGUUGUUAACUGUAAGGCAACGGGAUAUACUUGUAACAACUGUCCUAAUACCUGUUCAUGUAGUAAUAUUCAGGCAGUGAUUGUAGGAGUUGUACUUGGAUUAAUCAUCGUGAUAGUCGUGGCAUAUGCUGGUUAUGUUACAAUAUUACUGAAACGAAAAAAUGGAAACACAGAAAAUACCUUUGUCCAGCCGGCUAAACGCACUGUGCCUUUAUAUACUAAUAUGGUGUUCUCAACAAAUGAUGGUGAGGACCAACAGGGAACAGAUCCAGAUGAAUCCGGAGAGUCUCAAUAUACGUCACUGAAGACUGAACUUAAAGACGAUAGACAAACAUAUGACCAAUUGAAAGUGUAGCAAUUAAAUGAAUAAGAAGAAACAAGAGAAAUAAAUAAAGUUUUGGGAUAACAAACAUAUACGCAUAGACUUCAGGAAAUAGAAAUAUGAAAGUAAAAUCUCUAAUGAGGCAAUAGAACGAUGAAAAUUUUACAUUGUACUGCAAUCUAUUUCUAAUGCAAUGUUAUAAAAACCACAUAAAUUUUCGGAAACCAUUGAGCGAUCUUUUGUGAAAGUGUUUGAUAAAGAAACAACAGAAUAUAGAAACAAUAAAGAUAAAGGUAUUAUCAUCUGUGUUGCCGAGUGGUUAAUGUUGCUGUAAUCAAACCACUUGCACCUCACCGCUAUGAUCCGAUUCUUUCAUACAAGGAAAAUAUCGAACAGCGGUGUUUCUGCUCAGGGCCCUGUUCAUGUCUGAAAUAAUAAACAGAGAGACGCCUGCGCUUUUCCUCAACCAGUAACGCAAAGGGUCAUCUCUGAUUACAACAGUGGUCUAAAAUGUGAAUUGACAUGAUUUAACUUGUUUCCCUGUUUUCUGAUUAUUGUUACCGAUUACCUCGAAUAUGUGUCAAUCUUUUCUACUGCUAUUUUAACUACAUGGGCUUGAUAUAUAUUUUACUUUUAUUCUUAUUUAUUGACAGAAUAUCAAAGUCCUGUGUUCAAAAGACAUUUAUUUUUUGUAGUUAAAAGAAUUAGGAAAACAGGUUAAACGAACGUAAUAAUAAGAAGAACGUAAUUAAAAUGAGUUUGCCUGAACUGUUUAAAUUGAACAAAAUCAAAAAAGAUUUAACUUGUACUGCCUUAUGAAACUUAUGCCAAUGCGCAUCCCUAAUUUUAUGUACAAAAGCACUUACAUUGAAAUAGUUAUAUAGUUGAGCUGAAGGUAGCGAAGGUUAACUAAGGCAACUAUGCCACUUAUUUCACCACAGCUUUCUAUCAUCUUUCACAUGUAUAUGUUUUCACAUGUAUAUGUAUAAUAAUUCUCUGUAAAUAUUUUGUGAUAAUCUUUGUUUACAGUUAAAUCUUUAUAUCAAUA